CGGUUGCGCGCCUGCGCACUUGCGGCUCCCUUCAGACCGGACAUAACGGUCCACGCGCUGCUUCAUGGACCGGAAGUGGAGGGGAAGUGUCUCGGGGCGCGCCGGGCCUUGCUGAACGCCCGCAGUUCCUGCCGUUGCCGCCGCCCUCGGCUACUGCCGAGACCUUCCAAAGCCGCCAUGUCCGCCAGCGCCGUCUACGUACUGGAUCUGAAGGGCAAGGUGCUCAUCUGCAGGAACUACCGUGGGGAUGUGGACAUGUCAGAGGUGGAGCACUUCAUGCCCGUUCUCAUGGAGAAGGAGGAGGAGGGCAUGCUGUCACCUAUCUUGGCCCAUGGUGGCGUUCGUUUCAUGUGGAUUAAGCACAACAACCUGUACCUGGUCGCUACUUCAAAAAAGAAUGCUUGUGUGUCACUGGUGUUCUCCUUCCUCUACAAGGUGGUACAGGUCUUCUCCGAGUACUUUAAGGAGUUGGAGGAGGAGAGCAUCCGAGACAACUUUGUCAUCAUCUACGAGCUGCUAGAUGAGCUCAUGGACUUUGGCUACCCGCAGACCACUGACAGCAAGAUCUUGCAGGAGUACAUCACUCAGGAAGGCCACAAGCUGGAAACGGGGGCCCCUAGGCCCCCAGCCACAGUUACCAAUGCUGUGUCCUGGCGUUCAGAAGGCAUCAAGUAUCGGAAGAAUGAAGUAUUCCUGGACGUCAUUGAGGCUGUUAACCUCUUGGUCAGUGCCAAUGGCAAUGUGCUGCGCAGUGAGAUUGUGGGUUCCAUCAAGAUGCGGGUCUUCCUCUCGGGCAUGCCUGAGUUACGUCUGGGUCUCAAUGACAAGGUCCUCUUCGACAACACAGGCCGAGGGAAGAGCAAGUCAGUGGAGCUGGAGGAUGUGAAAUUCCACCAGUGUGUGCGGCUGUCACGUUUUGAGAACGACCGCACUAUCUCCUUCAUCCCACCCGACGGAGAGUUUGAACUCAUGUCCUACCGCCUCAACACCCAUGUGAAGCCUUUGAUCUGGAUUGAGUCCGUGAUUGAGAAGCAUUCCCACAGCCGCAUUGAGUACAUGGUCAAGGCCAAGAGCCAAUUCAAGAGGCGGUCAACAGCCAACAAUGUAGAGAUCCAUAUACCAGUCCCCAACGAUGCUGAUUCACCCAAGUUCAAGACUACAGUGGGGAGUGUCAAGUGGGUCCCUGAAAACAGUGAGAUCGUGUGGUCCGUCAAGUCCUUUCCGGGUGGCAAGGAGUACCUGAUGCGGGCCCACUUUGGCCUUCCCAGUGUGGAAGCUGAAGACAAGGAGGGCAAGCCCCCCAUCAGCGUCAAGUUCGAGAUCCCCUACUUCACUACCUCUGGCAUCCAGGUGCGCUACCUGAAAAUCAUUGAGAAGAGUGGGUACCAGGCCCUACCCUGGGUACGCUAUAUCACACAGAACGGAGAUUACCAGCUCCGGACCCAGUGAGAGGCCUCUGCCACCAGCCCAGCCCACCUAGCCUCAGGGCACGCCUGCCACACUCACCAAAACUGAAGCUGGAGGGUGGCCCUGGACAUGCAGCCACCCUCUCCUCAAGCCUGAGUGGACUCACACAGAACCCCUUCCCCGGUCCCAUUCUGAGCCAGGGUGGGAAGGAAGGGCCUGCCAGCCUCCCCCAGGGACAAGCCAGCUGGAGCUGCGCUCCUGGUGCCUCAUGACUGGCCACCCACCACCCUAUAGACGCCAUCCCUGCCCACCUCCGAAGCCUCCUUCUGUUGCCAUUUUGCUGAGCAUGUUGGUCAUUGUCAUCUGUGGCUGUCCUGUCACCUUUCUUCAAGUGUCCUGUGCAGCUGCCAUGCUGCACUUAAUGAGGGCAGCUGUUCCCUAUCCAUGCUGGUCUGUAUGCCGGAUAGUUGUUCUGCCUGGGCCGGCUGUGCCUCCCUUGCCAGCCCUUGACCACAUCAGUGUUUUCUCAGAAGGGCACAUGGCCUCAGCCUUUGCCCUAAAAUUCCUGGGCAGGCACAGGCUACCCUCACUGUACAAGGCCUCGUUGUCCUGGACCCAUGUGUGUGUGACAGUUAUAUUAAAAUCCAUUUGUUACAUCUGC